AUGACAAUUUCAAAUAAAAAACAAGUUGAUGUUCUGAUCAUUGGUGCUGGCCCAAUGGGGCUAAUGACUGCACUAUGGAUGGCAGAGCUAGGAAUCAAAACGUGUAUCAUUGACGAUAAAGGAACGAGAGCCUUAAAUGGUCGCGCCGAUGGGUUUCAUGUGCGCACAGCAGAGAUCUGGGACAGUUUCGGUAUCUAUGGAGUCCUGCAGCAGUUUGGAGUCAGAUUUGAUGAAUGGUGUCUUUGGGCUCCGGGAGAUGAUGGUCGGUUGUCAAGACAACAACGGCAGGGCAUGAUGGGGCUAGAUGUCUCAAGGCUGAACACCUGCACCAUGCAUCAAGGUAAUACGGAAGCCACUCUGCUCGAUGCAAUCCGACAACGAUCCGGCCCAGAGGUCGAACGAGGUGUAGUGCCCAUUUCUAUGGAGCUUGAUGAAAGUCUUGUCGACGACCCUGAGGCAUACCCGGUGAAGGUCCAACUGCGACACCAACGACAAGAAGAUUUAGCCGUGUGGAGGACCAAUUCGCAUAGUAUUCAGCCAGGUGGUGUGAUCCAGGAAGAAAAGGGAAAGAUCCAGGGGAUUAUCUCUCCAUCGUCUGCUACCAAGAACGACACUAUCCCCCGGGUCAGCAGUGAUGAGGGAAGCACAACAACCAUCCAUGCAAAAUAUGUCGUUGGGAGUGACGGUGCUCAUAGUUGGGUGCGCCGCCAGUUGGGCUUCUCAAUGGAAGGCACCUCCACCGAUGCAGUUUGGGGAGUCGUUGAUGCUGUGCUUAUCACCGACUUUCCAGACUUUCGCAAACACUGCACCAUCCUUACCCAGCAUGGAACCAUUCUCAGCGUUCCACGGGAGGAUGGCAUGACUCGGUUAUAUGUCCAACUUCCACCGUCCUUCUCAAACGUAUCGGUGACGGACUCUAGAGUGGGAACACAAAUUAUUGCCGUCGCUCGCCAGAGCCUGUUCCCUCAUACUUUGGCGUAUUCCUAUUGCGACUGGUGGACCAUCUACCGUGUGGGCCAACGUGUAGCCACCAGCUUUGCGCACCGGGACCGCAUCUUCCUCGGUGGUGAUGCGGUGCACACUCAUACCCCUAAGUGUGGCCAAGGCAUGAAUGUCUCCAUGCAAGAUGCCUUCAAUCUGGGGUGGAAGUUGGCCGGAGUGAUUCAGGGCCAGCUUCACCGCAGUGUUCUACAGACAUACCAGUCGGAACGCCGGCCCGUCGCCCAGGAUCUUAUCAACAUCGAUACAAGUCUAGCUAACGCCCUGACCAAUGAAACCAUGUCCGAUCCUGUGGGAGUUGGGCAGGUGUACGAGCGGCUCCGGAAUUAUGCAAGCGGCGCCAAUAUCUGCUACCCUCCCGGUAUGCUGGUGGCAAGCGCCACAACGGCGAAGCAACAUUUGGCCAGCCAUCUGAGACUAGGCAUGCGGUUUCCCAGUCACCCGGUCAUCAACCACUCCAGUGCUGUUCCUGUCGAGAGCCAAACCCUCCUCCAAAGCGACGGUCGAUGGCGGGUGUUGGUCUUCGCCGGCGAUGUGACGAAUCCGACCCAGCUGGAGCGUGUGAACCAGCUAGGCAAAUAUAUCAGCCAAUUGGUCACUCAAUUCCGGUCGAUUCGUGAUGAUCAGCCUUUUGUGGAAAGCUUGGUCUUUUACUACGGUCGUCUGGAUCAGGUGGAGCUAGGUGACUUCCAUGACACCUUCUUCCCCUUUGAUGCGUCCCGGGGAUAUAACUACAAUCUAAUAUUUUCUGAUCCACCUGCUUCACUCUCUCAAGGUCGUCCAGAGUCUGCACAUGUGAAAUAUGGCAUCAGUUGCGGCAGGGGCUGUAUGGUUGUGACCCGACCUGAUCAAUGCGUGGGUUGGAUAGGGGACCUGGAGGAUGAACAGGAGUUGAAACGGUAUUUUGCUGGAAUUAUGCGAUAGGGCUAUUGGGAAAGAUGGUUUUCACGUACUCGGCUGCUUUAAUUGAAAAUAAGUCUUCUGAUAUUGUCGUGUAAUGGUUACUGCGAUUGACUGAUGUUCCCUUGCGAGAAU